AUGUCGAGCUUGAGGCGGACAUUUGUCGCAGAGCAAGAACGCACGGACGGGUGUGUGCACGUCUUGCUGAUCACCACAGGAAGUGUUGCCUCCAUCAAGGCACCUCUCAUUGUGUCUGAACUUCUGUCCUAUCGUAAUGUGAAAGUUGAAGUCGUGUCCACGAAAUCCUCAUUGGCGUUUUUUGACGCCGCGGCAGUGGCUGGUGCCAGAGUAUGGCGCGACGAAGACGAAUGGACGGAAGAUGGUGGAUACAGAAUUGGAGACCCUAUCUUGCACAUCGAGCUGCGCCGCUGGGCAGACGUUGUUCUCAUUGCGCCCUGCUCCGCCAAUACGCUAUCCAAGAUUGCGCAUGGGAUUUGUGAUAACCUUGUGACGUCGUUGCUGCGUGCUCUGGCUCCGACGACGCCUACUUAUGUCUUUCCCGCCAUGAAUACAUUGAUGUACGAACACCCCUUGACGAACGACCAUAUCCGCAUCGUGCGUGAUGUGAUAGGAUAUCAGAUAGUCGGUCCUAUAGGCAAGAAACUUGCAUGUGGAGACAUUGGGUUGGGAGCCAUGACAGAGUGGAAGGAUAUUGUUCAGAUCGUUGUUGAUAAAUUCCAACUUCUCCGCGUCCCUGACAGUUAACAGUCGCAAGCAUUAUUUUUGAUACAUGUAAACUUACAGUAUAAUAAUGUACCUUUAGCCCUA